AUGCCUUUGAAUAACCCACCGUCAUAUGCCGCAGUCUCAUAUGUCCGGGGUAAUUCGUUAGUCACCAAGAUUAUAACGGUGAAUGGGCAGAUACCUAUUGUGCGAAGCAACGGAGACACUGCACUACUAUGGAUCAACGCUAUCUCCAUCGAUCAAAACAACAUAGACGAACGGAGGGAACAAAUUGUUAUCAUGCGCCAGAUCUACUCGAAAGCCAUGUUUUUCUACAUAUGGCUUGGAUACGGAUCACAGAAGACGGAGAGGCUGGUCCAAGGUUUGUCAGAGUUCGACUGGCCCGCAGCGAAAAGCUACUUCCUUUCCAGCAUCGGUCAAACACAAGUGCCACCCCUGACAUGGCACGUCGACAUCUUCCCGACGCUUUGGCAGCUCACUCGACUGCAACACUGGUCCAGGAUAUGGAUCGCCCAGGAGUUUCAUCAGCAGUCUUCAAGGACGACCUACUGGUCGACAUAA